GUUAAUAUAAAACUCUAGCUAGCUUAUAAUCACAGAACCCUUGUUCUCUAUUCUAGUGUUUGGUGCUUAAAGGCUUGUUAGACCAGUCCAAACAUGAAUUCGUCUGAGGCUGCAUCUGAUCAUCAAAACAAUUGCGGAAUUUGCAGGAGUAGCCUGACAAGAGGGCUAAGCGAAGCCAUCUUCACUGCCGAGUGCUCGCACGUUUUCCACUACCAUUGCAUUCUCAAAAAUGUCCAGCAUGGAAAUCUUUGCUGCCCUGUCUGCCAAGCAAAUUGGAAUAAGGAUAAUGUACCUUUCCAGGUUCCCCCUCCUCAGAACAACAACUUGGGCACAAUCCCUUGUCACUUCACAUUCCCAUCACAGCAGCCACCCCAUUGGUAUCCUCAGUACCCAUCCAUGCCAAAAGCCGAGUACCCUCCUGAGCCACCUACCUUUUGUGACGAUGAACCUCUCCCAUCGUGCACCUCAUCCAUUCAAUCCUCUGCCCCUCAGAAUAUAACAGUCAAGACUCAUACAGAGUCCUCUGCUAUCUCUUCUGCAGAAUCAAUCCCAAAUUUUCCCGUCCUUGUCAGCAUUCUUGCACCGCCCAUGCAGGAUUCUGAGGGACAUGGUCGUACACCCAUUGACCUUGUAACAGUUCUAGACGUAAGUGGCAGCAUGGAAGGCACAAAGCUUUCCCUUCUCAAGCAAGCUGUCACAUUUGUCAUAGAAAACUUGGGGCCUUCGGAUAGACUUUCUAUAGUUUCGUUCUCAUCAAGUUCUAGAAGAGUCUUUCCUCUCCAGAGAAUGUCUGUUGAUGGCCGUGAAAGUGCUGUCCUAGCCAUUGAGUCUCUUGGAGCAGGUGGUGCAACUAACAUUGCAGAAGGACUGAAGAAAGGAACUAAGGUCCUUGAAGAUCGUAGGGAAAGAAACCCAGUUUCCAGUAUCAUCCUCUUAUCUGAUGGCAUAGAUACAUACAAUAGAACUGCAAACCGACUGUUGAACCAGUUGCCUGAUUCAAUUCGUUCUAGCAACAUGCAACAUGAAAUCCCAGUCCACACAUUUGGAUUUGGCUAUGACCAUGAUCCCAACAUUAUGCAUGCUAUAUCUGAUCUGUCAGGCGGCACCUUUUCGUUCAUUGAAUCAGUUGGAAUGAUACAAGACUCCUUUGCUCUGUGUAUUGGUGGUCUUCUCAGUGUUGUGGCUCAGGAAGUUCGCCUAACAGUAAGGUCAGCAUCGCCUGGGGUGAAGAUUUUAGCAAUACCAUCAGGGAGACACGUGAAUGAGAUUUCUGAUGAGGGUCAACAAGGAGUUGUUCACGUUGGAAAUAUGUAUGCAGAAGAGGAGAAACAAUUUCUGGUCUACCUCUUAGUUCCAGAAUCCUCAGGUCCGUAUACUAAGAUGUCAUUGUUAGAUGUGUUAUGCAUGUACAAAGAUCUAGCUUCCAAUGAACUCAUCCAGGUGCAAGGUGCGGAAAUAGAGAUACUGAGACCCGAGGUUUGUUCCCCUGCUGAAAAGGCAGUGUCUUUGGAGGUUGAUCGGCAGCGGAACAGAAUUUUGGUGGCUGAAGCUAUUGCUGAGGCACAAAGGUUGGCUGAGAUGGGAAAUAUUGAGGGUGCACAGGCUCUAUUGGCUCAACGGAAAGAAAUUCUCUUAACAUCUCCAGCAUCCCAAGCUGGGGAUUAUCACAGUAAUUUGUUUGAAACUGAGCUUAGAGAAAUCAUGGAUAGAAUGGCAUCUAUGAAGUUGUAUGAACAAACCGGGCGUGCUUACGCUCUUGCAGGAAUCAGUUCCCAUAGGUCACAAAGGGCCAGUGCUAGGGGUGACACAAGAGCCUCCUGUCUCAAUUCGGGUUCAGUUGUCUCCAGGAGGAGGGGUCUCCGUAGCCGCAAAAGUACCUACAGUUUUGCUCCAGGUGAGUUGGGUCAACCACCUGCCGCAGUUGGUGCUUUCGAAACACCUGCUAUGGUCAGAAUGGUAAGAAAAUCACAGAAUAGAAAUCAACCUGGGCCAUACUAAGUCAGUCUAAGGUUCUAAGCUGCACUCCGUUUUGGCACUAGUAAUAAUUCUGGCAGAAGUAGUCUUCAGCCUGGCGUGUGUAAUAUGUUGUAAAUAGUUCAAGUUAAAAUGCCUUCUGUUUGUGCUGUUUGGAUUACCUUUGUUUGAAGCUGUGUCUUAUUACCUUUGUAAGACUAGAAAAGUCUUCUUUUAAUCGGAAGAUUGUGAAUUUUUUUACAAUAAUGAUUCUGCAUGUUUCUGUCA